AUGAAAGAAAUGAACCUAACCGUAAAUAAUCGGAAAUUGAUUGUUUAUAAGUAUUAAUGGCAUUAGAUUCUGAAAAAGGUUUAUAAGCUAAUCAUUUCGAAGAUUAAGUAAUGUUAGAAUAAGCUUUAUAGAAAAUUACUCACAUGGCUAAGAAUAAUACAGAUUUACUUGAAUUAAAGUCUAUGUUAAAUGAAUUAGUACAUUAAAGAAAAUAAUUAACUGAAAAAGAAGAAGCUUUUUUAAAUAAUUUAUCUGUAUUUAUAGAUUUUUAUGCGAAAGCAGAUUUCGAACUUUUAUUAAAUGGAAUUAUAAAAGAAGAUUUUUUAUAUAAAGAAUUGGAAAGACUAUAAAAAUUAUUAAAAUAAAAAGAAAAAUUAUAUUAGGAUAGAAAAAAAUUUCAUUUCGAUUUAAAUGCAUUUCUUAAUAAACCAUAAAAAAAGCCAAAUACCCCUCCUCCAUAAAUAGAUAAUUAUAAACCUGUAUUUAAAGAGAUUAUAAAGCCAAAUACACCUCCUAAAGAAAUAGAAAAACCUUAUGAUUUAUGGAAUUUCUAACAUCCCGAUUUAAUUGAUUGGAGAGCCAAUUUUUUAGGCCCUUAAUAUCCAAAUUAAACUUUUACUUUAGAUUAAUUGUCUUUAAUUUUACUAGCUUAAAGAAAUAAUCCUUAAAUAUAAAUUCUACCUCCAUUGA